CAUCUGUUUGACACUAAUAAAAAUUCGAUCGAGUCAAACAAAAUGUUUGAGCAAUGGUUUCUUUUUGGCCAAAUAUUUGGCCCUGUGUACAGCGAUCUUAUGUAUUUGGUUUCGGGUGUUUUACAGUUGUAUUACUAACACAUAAUCACUGCUCUGAUAUUUAGUUGUAUUGAUCGGGUACUUCACUGUGUGAUACAAUAUGAUGUAAAACCGCAUGACAGUACCUGUACAUGGAACAUUAUUAAGAAUAACUUCACGGCAGGAGAAACGAGAAAGAAUAUUUGCACUGUGACAGUUACUAUACCGAUCUGCAGGGGAAGGGAGAAAACCAAUAACAUUAAAUAUGUAUUCUGUUGGAAGAUGAAGAUUUUUCACGCAAGCAUAACGUAAAUGUCAAGCAUAACUUUCGUAAAUAAGAGCAUUCAUUAACUUAUCCAUUAACAAUGGACAGUAAUCGCAAGUUUUCCAAACAAAUUCAGCGAUGAUAUAGUGGAGUGCGGAAGAAACAGCAACUAGAACAAGUAUCGCUUCAGCCGUGUGUUGUUGCAUGUCAUGUUGAACGCAUAAAAUUGCAAAAAUGGAUUUCAUAGACAACCUACUAAAUCAUAUGUCGUCAAAGUUCAAUCAAGAAAGUGCAUUACCAAAACAAGCAGAAAUAUCAAUGGACGAAACGUUCAAAUGGCGAGCACUGAAAAAUAAUCAAUUUGCCAGCCGGUCGAAGAAUGGUCGCUCGAAAGUGAAAACAAAGGACAAAGACAAGCACCAAACCCCCAAUAGCUCCGAGUUGAGCCCGUCUUCAGAUGAAAAUAACAAAAGUGAUAGUUCCCCGGAUCCCCUAGCAGCAGAAGUGAGUGAAAGCACAGAGAUCGAAAUUGAAAUCGCGAACGAUAUAAGUGGAGAAGAAAUUCAAGAAGCACUUGCAUCUACUCAAGGAACCAUUUCGGUGUUGGUUGAAGAAACCAAUAAUCACAUUGAAGAGGAAUGUUUUGAAGAAGGUGACAAGAUAAUAAGCCUUACAACCAAUGAAGUGGAUAUAUGUGAGACUGAUACGUGUACUUUGAACAUUGCAAUUGAAAACGAUGAAAAUUCUGCGACAAUGAUCCAUAUUGAACAUGAUAAGGAACCUGUGCAAGGAGACAUUUAUCAUGCGGAGAAACAGGUAGAAGAAUCUAUUAUUGCAAGAGUAGAAUGCGAGCUAAUCCCUACAACUACGACACCACAGUUAUUGCCAGAGAGCAGCAAUAUAUUCAUUCACAUGUCAUCAACUUUCAAUGCCACAUGUUUAACCUUAGAUUCUGCCAUCGACAAAAUAAAUAAUUCGCAAUCAGUAGAGUUGCAAAACUUAUCCACUGUUGAGCCUGAUGUUCCUUCCAUGGAUGACCGAGAAACGUCUGAAAAUAAGGACAUGACAGAUGAAGUUGAAAAGGAUUACUCAGAUACGUCAGCGGGAAGUGUAAGGAGAUCGAAGCGGUUGAAACCUGAUGAAAUGAAGGACUUAGAGUUAAAGGACAUGGAAAAUAUAGCAGUAUCCCAAACACUGACUUCAGAAACAUUACCUUCAACAUCCGCUGAGCCAGUUAAAGAAACCAGUAAUGAAACUCCCAAUGAUGAAAAUGUUUCCAAACAAAUUGAACGGACUGAUAACAUCGUUAGAACAUUAAGAAAUAAAUCAAUCGAAGUCACGCCAAACCAUAUUUCUAAACACAGUGUAAAGAAAAGAAACAAUUAUGGAAUAAAAGCGAAAAAAAAUCGCCCUACACAUGAAACUAAUGUUGACGAUAGAACACGAACUAUUUCUUCGGCAGUAAGCACGCUCACUAGAAGUAAAUCUACUGUACAAAAUAAACCAAAGCACAAAAAACCACCAGAACCUAGAAGUAAUUACCCUACAAGACAACGGAGUCGUGACGUAGACAUUAAAACAAAUCGAAGGCGUUCAUCCCGCUUUGGGUCAAACACUAAGAAACCUGCCAAUGACUUGGAUAAAAGAAGUGAAGAUCAAAAAACUAAACAUUCUCAUGAAUCUCAGCGAGAAACUGCCAAGAGUAAAACCCUUAAGGACCACUCGCCGAAACAACGGACAGCUCGACUUUCUAGGGACGGAAGCGAUGGUAUACUAGCUUCAGCAAUUGCUCGAAGAGAAAAGAGUGACUCUUCAGGUAUUCAAGGGAGACUAUCACGUCCUAUAAAGCUAUCAGCUAAAAUACUGGCAAACGAUGAACUGCGAUACGGGUUUGAACUGCAAAACAGUGCUAGGCUCAAUCUGAACGCAGAAGUCAAAGAUUCUUCGGAUGCAGCAGUGAUACUUAAGCUUGAUCCACCUGUAACUGUACCAGAGAAAAUUGAUUCCAUAUUAGGAAAGCCAGAAACCAAUCAGGAAAGUACAACGGUUUGCAAACCUGAUGCGAUUAUCGUAAAUCAAACCCCCAUAUCACCCACGCGAAAUGUACAGAAGAAAUGUCGUGAUCCGUUAGACUUUCUCGAUGAAGUAAAACGAGAAAGUUUUGGAAGCAAUCAAUCACCCGAAUGCAAUUAUAAGCUUAACAAGGUGCAACAACGAAAAUUGCUAAAACUCAAAGAAAAGCAUAUGCUCAUGCUUGGUCUGCAGAGAACUAUCAAAAAAGCACCGGCAACUUCUAGUUUAAGUGAGAAGCCUAGUGAACCGAUACCCAAAGCUACAAAUGAUAACUCAGAAAAAGAAGCAUUUACAAGUCCCGCAAUGACCUUAUCCGACCAAAGUUUCAUCUUGAUCGAUAGUCCACCACGUGAAGAUCAGGCGCAAGUUCAAACGGAACAGCCUGCAUGUCGUGCACCUCCUUCGCCUCCUGUCCAGCUACCCAACAAACUGGUAUGCCUUUGUCAAAACAAUUCUCGCUAUUUCACCACCAAAACACUAAGCCGUAUGUAUUGUACCGCCGUUGACGACAUUGAUGGGCAGUUCAUCGGAUGCAACAACGAGUUGAUUGGAAGUUUGCAGAAUUUGCUACGACCAAGUAACAGCGCUAGCUAUCAGCUGUUGUGCACUCUACACCAGCGAAGGCUACACAAUCAUGGAUGCUGCGCUACUUGUGGCAUUUUUUGUACACAGGGAAGUUUCGUCAUUUGCACCAACAAGCAUCUAUUUCAUCGUGACUGUGCGGAAAAGUUCAUCAUCAACACCAAAGAAAAAUCUAGUCCAAUAAUUCCGAAGUUGGUAUUGAAGUGCCCUCAUUGCAGUUUAGAAAGCAUCAUCCAAGAAUACGAGAUUCGAUUGCAGAGAAGUCCUAUCGUUGAAAUUGUUACUUCACGAUACUUAGAUACCACCGUCAUGUAGGAAGAAUCUGUCGAGGAAGAAUCCCCGCAAAUGUCAUUCUGAUGUUUCUGUUCAUUGAAGCAGAUAGGUAUAAAUUCACAUCACCCGGGCGAAAGCUAAGAAUAAAUCGAACAAAACUGCAACAGCAAAGGAAAUCAUCACGUGUUGAAAAGUAGUAGUAUAUUUCAGCAUCGUAAUUUAUAUCUAUAGAAAAUAUAUCAAAGAUCUUAAUAAAACUGAAAACGGUUCACAUACUGAAAAA